CCCUGCGUGACGACGCAAGAUGGGCGGGUUUUUUUUCAAAGCGGAUGGCGGGACAUGGCGACGUUGAGGCCGUUUAAUAAACACCCGGACCUCAACACGGCCACUAUGCUGUUAGUUGGAGCCGAAGCUCUUCCUCUAGACGAACUUGCUGCAGCGAUUCUGAAGGAGAAAAGGUCGUUUGAAGUGAAUGUCCAUCUAGCAAAACGUCUGCCAUUGCCAGUGGAAAAUGAACACACUCGACCUCGGAUAGACCUCAUUGUAUUCCUAAUGGAUAUGCGCAGUCAGCAUAGUGUAGAAACUGUGAAGUCAUCAUUGGCUUAUGUUGAUGUGAACUUCUUUCUUGGAAAAGUUUGCUUUCUGGCAGUUGGGGACAAAUCUGUUAAACACCAGUCAGUGGACAUGUAUACACUGAAGCAACUGGCAGAUUCCUACUUGAGCCCCCUGAUACCUGUUGAACUUGAGUCCACAGAAAGAAGAGCAGUGAUAGCCAAAAGGCUUCUUCAGAUGUUGAAGGUGGCGGCUGGCCUGGUCCCAGGUAUCUCAGCCCUUGCUCUCAGUUCUUUGAUAAGGCCUUCCUUCAAGACCGACAUGGAGAAAUGCUAAACGGCCUGUUGUAUUAUGGACAUUUCCAACUUACAAUUGCAAGGCCUCCCAUGAUAUUUCUUAUGUAACUCAUGCAAUAUCUUGAACUUCAAUUCAAUGUCCUACCCAAAUGUAUUGUGGAAGCCCCUUAAAUACAAUUGAGAUGUUGGGUAAUUAUUGUGUAUGUGGCCGAUUUGGUGUUUUCACUGUAUGAAGUCAGUUGAAAUGCAGGGUUGGAUGUAAUAUAAAACAUUUUUGGAGUAACACUGGUCUGUCAGUGAUCAACUAGUAUUUGGGAGUGGGGAUUGGACUGAGAAUAGAAAACUUGAUUUCAGAAUACAGAAAGUUUGAGCUAGAAUUCAGCAAGGGAUGAAUGUGGAUUUUUCAGUCUUGGGAUUUUAAGGAAAUGGUUUCUUCCUAUUAGUUCAAUGAUGCUUGUAAAUAAUACAAUGUGUAAUAGAAAUAAAGUAUAAACUAGC